AUGAACUCACCGUGUAUUGUUGUUUCCCAAUACAAGCUCCCCAGCCAUGCCACAGUAUCUAAAGGUGGGCACGAUCUAAAACCAUCUGAUUGUGCGUCCUGGCUUUUGAAUCCUCAAUGGCCCAGGAGAGCGCCAGCCUUGAGCCAGUCAUCCCCGGAUGGUCACACCCAACAAGCUCCAUUCACCACACUUACUCAGGAAGAGGUUAUGGAAAGAUACAGGGACACAAUGUUCGAUUUUACCUUCCCUGACACAGUCGACUUUCGUGAUCUUUCGACUGGCGAACUUGCUGCCACUCAUCGCUCAACUUUGGUAGUUGAACACGGGUGGAAACUACGGGAAUUGGCGGAAAAAUUAGAGCAAAUUCCAACGACUCCUGACAACGCUGCCAGCCUGGCCAAGUGUAUUUCAAAAAUUGAAACCUCCUUGGUCGAGAUUGGUCUCUGGGUCGAAGAACAGAUGAUCCAGCAACUGAUGCAGGGAACCAAUGAGGGCGCACCGAACCUGUAG